CUGUGUUUUGAACCCAGGCACUGCCACUCUUUGUAAUAGUAUCUCCUCGGUGAAUCCAACACUUCAUCAUCACAGUCUGCAAAGUAUAGGCUGUGAUUUUAUUCAAGCCACACACAAUUUCCAUUGACCGAACGAGUUUCACGUCUUCUGCUUUUAUAUACUUGUAAUUUAUAAUAAUUAUUGUACGUUAAUUAAAAGAAACAGAAAGCGAUAAUGCGCGGGGAAAGCAGUAAAUGAAAAGAGACGUUUGUUAUAAAUGGAAAAAGUGUUCGAUGUUCGAUUACAGAAUACAGAAACGGCUGGUUGAUGAGAACCAUCCUGCAGGGCCCCAUUUAAAAAGUGGGGAUUUAUCGACAGUAUCGGGGCCUUGUAAAUAUAGGCAUGGUUCAAAUUUAAUGUUCUGGUUAUAAUUUUUUUUUAUCGCACGUAUUCGUUUAAUUUCUGAUCAUGUGUCUCGCGUAGCGUUCCGGAAACGUUGAUGCGUCGUAAUUUUCUCAUAAGAAACAGCUAAAAUUUCCAGCUGCUUCGAGGAUCAUUGGAAUGUACGAUCAAAAUGGAGGCAAUGCCAAAUAGAUCGAUAUUGUCCCAUAAUGUCACGUAUCGUUGCUGAGUUUUCUACUUGUCGCACAGUAAAUAGAGCAUGGAAUGGAUGGAUCGUGUCCGCUUCUCCUUCCGUCCUUUGGGGAAAAGGAUCACUCCGAGAGAGAGACCGCCACGUAUUCAUGCCAAAAGGUCGGUCUCUACAGACCAGCGUCGGAUGCGAUUGACUUGGGAUAUCAUACGUUAGACAAUGCCUGUCGUUCGACGUCCUCGUCCGUCGUUUUAUCGGUUCCGAUCAGACAACAAAUUUUGUUGCAACAAAAGUGCAUUUACGCGACUGACUUGUGCCAACUGGACGACACGCUGUUGUUAAAGAUAUUCGGUUGGCUGUGUACCAGAGAUCUCUGUUCCAUUGCUCAAACCUGCAGGCGCCUGUGGGAGAUUGCGUGGCACCCGUCGCUUUGGAGAGAAGUUGAGAUACGUUACCCUCAGAAUGCAACGAUUGCGUUAAACGCUUUGACCAGGCGAGGGUGUCACGUGUAUAUCCGCCGUCUCGUGUUCGAAGGUGCCGUCGGUUUAGCCGGGGUCUUUGCUCAGCUGCCGUUUCCAAGUUUAACUUGUCUAGUUCUACGACAUUCCCGGCGCGUUACGGACGCGAACGUCACGGCUAUCUUAGACAAUUGUGUACACUUGAAGGAAUUGGAUCUAAUGGGAUGCGUAUGCGUAACGAAAGCUUGCAGCAGAAUAACGACGUUGCAAUUGCAAUCGUUGGAUCUGAGCGAUUGCCACGGGGUCGAGGAUUCCGGGUUGGUACUGACUCUCUCUCGAAUGCCGCAUCUCGCUUGUUUGUAUCUGAGACGAUGCGCCCGCAUCACCGACGCUAGUCUCAUAGCGAUCGCGUCCUACUGCUGCAACCUGCGGCAAUUAUCAGUCUCCGAUUGCGUCAAGAUAACCGAUUACGGUGUACGCGAAUUGGCCGCCCGCCUCGGUCCAUCCCUGCGUUACUUUUCCGUGGGCAAAUGCGAUCGCGUGUCGGACGCCGGCCUUUUGGUCGUCGCCAGGCAUUGUUACAAAUUAAGAUAUUUAAACGCCCGUGGCUGUGAAGCGCUUAGCGACAGUGCUACGUUGGCACUGGCACGCGGAUGCCCCCGGUUGAGAGCGCUUGAUAUAGGAAAAUGUGAUAUCGGCGACGCGACCCUCGAAGCUCUUUCCACCGGUUGCCCAAAUUUGAAGAAAUUGUCCUUGUGCGGUUGCGAACGCGUUACAGACGCUGGAUUAGAAUCGUUGGCGUAUUACGUGCGAGGGCUCAGACAGCUAAACAUCGGUGAAUGCCCCAGAGUUACAUGGGUCGGGUAUAGGGCGGUGAAACGUUAUUGUCGUCGAUGCAUUAUAGAGCACACGAAUCCCGGUUUCUCGAGCUGAGCCUUGAUCUUCCGAACCACCCUUCCUCCUAACAUUACUCGACGACUAUUUAUUAACACUCGGUUUAGUACUUUUACUAAAUGCUAAAUACUAAUUUGUAAAAAGACGAUUAUUCGACAAUUGUAAAGAAUAUAUAUGGUACGCGCAAUCUGA